AAGGAAGGAAGGAAAGGAGAAAGGAAGAAAGCAAAGAAGAAAAGGCGAAAGGAAAUAGAAAAUGCCGGUCGGCGGACGUGUUGCUGGCAAAGUUGGGAUUUAUAGUUCCCAUUACAAUGGCAAAAUUUACAGUGGUAUUAACGAAGGGAUUAUAUGGGUUAGUAUCGGCAUGGGUAUAGCGAUAGCCGUGUUGAUAACGUUAGCACUUUGCUACAUAGCACAUGAAAAGUGUCGUAGACGUUAUAAUGGU